AUGGAUUACCGGAAUGUCCAGACGGCCAAUCGCGCCGCCCGGCCUUCCGUCGCGCAGGACAAGUACCACCGGCCACGCCACCAGCACCAAGAGUCGGCACGUAACGCGCCCGGCUUGUUGCACUACGACUCCGACCGCUCCACGACACUCGACAGUCUCAAGGACCUUAUGGCCUUCAGCCAGCGCACCAGCCGCGCCCGCCACGACGACAUCUUGCUCGCCGCCAAGCACGCGCGCGCCCAGAUGCCCGCACAGUUUCGCGAACCGCCCUCGUCCACAGGCUCGCACGGCACCAUCACAAACAGCUCCAUCCAUUUUGGUGACAACAACGACAACAACAACGACCUCACUUCCGACUCUACUCCCUCCUCUACCUUCUCGGCCGGCCCCGACGCCGAGUCCACGCGUGCUUCUAUGCACUACCAGCGCGGGAGCCAUCGCGUGCGCAAAUCUACUGGCCGCUUUGGCAACGGCGGCGAGGAGAAGCGGACAGCCACCGACAUCCUGAGUGGUGUCGUUAACACGUCGGCCCUGUUCCGUACCUUUAAGGAGUGGCGGCCCGAAGAUGUGACCGAUACGGGUAUCUUUGAGGACGCCGACGCAGGUGCACAAAACGACAACCAGGUCAACGUGGACGCGGAUUCCACUACCAACUUUGGUGUCAUCGACAACCUGGUGCACAUUGACAAGGAGAACUGCGGCCCCCUCCCAUCCACCCAGAACAAUAAGCAGAAAAACGGUCGCAUGGCCGACGCGCCAACCGGGCACAACCGCCCAGUUCUGCAAGCUACGGUGCAAAACGAGUCUCAGACGUCGUUCGUCAUGACGGCAGCGGCUACCAAGAAGCCAAAGCCCUCUCCCCUGCGGCAUGGCGCCGUGUCUCGUGCUGCAGCAUCUGCUCCUGCACCUGCGCCGGCGUUGAAGAAAUCGGUCACGACAGGUUCGCUGAAGGAGACGAACACCAAGAGGAAACACCAAUCUGCUGUGGUUUUUGAGAACCCUCCGCUCCUGGACGACGAGCUGUCGUCGCCUGAGACGUCUGCCGGUUCACGCGAGGAUAUCGACCUGGGUAUCCGGACAGCCGUUACAACCGCCACGACUCAUGUACCGCAGAGGACGAGCUCGGCGCCACCUGCACCCGCAGCUCAUGCCGUGAUCCUGGCUCGGUCCGACAGCAACGACGGCGUUACUAACCAGUCGUUCAUCGUUCCGUCCAAAUCGUUCCCUCUCCUGCACAACCUCGUCACCGGCACUCUGCGCUUCACCCCUGGUAACUACUUCUAUACCCAAUCCGUUGACGCCCAGCAGAAGUACCAGCUGCCAGCUGGUCGCAUCCCCGAAGACGAGAAGGAGAUUUUCGUGGAUAUUGAAACCAUCCGCGAGGAGGUGAAGCGCCUGCAAGAGCACGACGAGAUGCUCCAGAAUGAGAUUGUCCAAGGCGAAAUCAAGUACAAGUCGCUUCUUGAUCGUUUCUAUAGCCUUGCCCACAAGUCCGCGGCAGAUGACUUUGCGCCAGACCUUGAUAACCCUAUUCUUGAGCUCGAGACGGAUAUUGACGUUAUCCAUACCCAGUACGAAAAGCAGGCUCAAAUUUCGACCAACCUGGCAUCCGAGCGCGAUGCGGCCGUGAGCCGCGCCAAUGCCGCUGCUGAGAAAGCCAGGAAACUCUCGGCUGACUUGGAGGCUCUUCGCGAGCGGAUGGCCGCGUCCGCACAGCGUCCCAACCAGGAGGCGCAGCGGCGUAUCCAGCAGCUGGAGCAGAUGGUGGCUGAGCGCGAGCGGGUGAUCAAGGCACUCAAGGACGAACGCGACGCCGCCAACAGCAGCCAACGCGAAGAGCAGCGUCUCCACAAGGAGCGCAUCGCACGCAUGGACGCCGAAAAACGGAUGCUCAGUGGCGACCACGCCAAGUGCAGCGACGAAAAGUAUGCACUCACAACCGCCAAGGACGCUUUGGCACAGAAGAACACGGCGCUCAAGGAGAAGCUACACGCGGUGCGGCAGCAGUGCAAGGACCGCGAGGCCACAGUGCAUGCUGUUGUCGAGCGCCAGCGGAGCCAGAUCACGAAGUUGCAGGUGCUUCUGCGCGAGAAGGAGAAGAGCGUUCACCAGCUCGACGAGAACUUCCGCAAGCUGCGCGAGUCGUGGUCGUCCAAGGAUGAGACGCUGAUGCGCAUGACAGAGGUUCUGGGCCAAUGGCCUGGCGGUCUGCCCCAGGAGCACCGGGGCACGCUGCAGCCUGUGGAGACGACCCAAGAUCUGGAGCACGAUGGCCGUGAUGAGCACGAGUUUGACGUGUACGUAGACGAUUUCCAGUCUGAGCAAGAUGACCAAGAGCGGCCCGACGACAACCAGAACGUGGCCGACCUGGCCCAGAGUGAUGGUGCCUCGGACUCUGGCCAAUCUGCGGUCGACCACUCAAUGGAUGAGAACAUGACGUCGGCGUUUAUCAUUCCCGAUCUAGACUUCCAGACGGAGAACGUGGAGGUGGAGCAGGGCGAGAACGGCGAAGACGCGGAGCACGGCGAGAUACAUGACCAGGAGCUGGAGCGCGAGCUGGCACAGGUCCACGCCGCCGCGCGGGUUGCAGAGGCCAAGGCUAAAGCGAGCCAUUCCAAGACCAGCAAGACCAGCAAGCCCAGCCAGCAAAAGUCUGUUUCCUUCCAGGCGACCAACCACACUCUGCGCCACACGACCACGUCAACGUCCGCGGCAUCGACGACGGCCAUCUGCAAGCACAACCGCGUCAACUGUGUCGUGUGCUGCCAAAAUGCCGGCCCAGUUGGAGAGAACGAAAAGGUAACCGUGGCCGUACCGCGGCCGAUCCAACCGGGCCAGCCGACCUCGUCGAACUCCGCCGGCCGCCGCAACGACAUUCUGCCCGACCCGUCCAUGGAUCCUGGCAGCGCGCUGGCGUACGUCAUGAAGCUGCUGGACGACGAACGCCGCCACCUGUGGAUGCAGAUCUUGGCCAUGCGCAAGAGCGGCGAGACGGAGGAGGCGCUCAACGACAAGCAGAGGCCACGUCGCGUGCUGCGCGAGGCCGAGGAGCUGUGGAACGCCUACGUCCUCAAGGUGGAACAGCUCAACCGGCUGGACGAUGUGCUUGCAGGCCAGCGCGCCGCAGGCCAGGAUAUGACGCGCGAGGAAAUCGACGUGACGAUUACGCGGAUUUUAGAGGUGUAG